AUGGUUUUAUAUAAGAGAAAGAGUAUCACGUUGCCUGAGGCUAGACCAUUGCCUUCCAACAUCAAUCGAAAGAUAUGGUACAUCAAGGAAACUGGCGAAUGGUUUUUAACGUAUGCUGAAUUUUUGGAGCGUUUGGACUUUUAUAUGAGACACUACUUCACUUGCGAGAUUACUGGAGCAUCAUGUCUUACGUUCUUCGAGGCAUUAAAUAGUGAGGAAGAGCAAUUCCAGUAUGUGGAGAAGAUGUUUCCUUUGAAACUUCGCGAGCCCGUGGCGAAAUUUAUACAUUUCAAUGAGAUUCGUCGGCUUGAUAUGUUGGUGGAACAGGUGUACUCCAAUUUUAAGAACAACUUUUUUCCUGGAGAGACAGUCUAUUUGAGGAAGGCGAAGCAAGAAGUGGCCAGUGGUGACGAAGAUCCAGAAAAACAGCUACGACUUCAAUUGCAGCAAAUGCAGCAACAACCUACAUCUCCCCAGAACUCUUCGCAAUCUAACGUUUACAUUAUUAAAGAAAAGGCACAAUUCAACGCAGUUAUAGAUAGAAACACCGGACAGGAAUUGGUCCCCGCACAUACGAAAUAUAUGCUCCAAGAAGCAUACGGCUCUGCUUCGAUUAUUGCAGAUGAAGAUCAAAUAUAUCGUGACAGAUCCACAUUCACCAAACAUUUAAUUAAAUGUUUCUGUAAAAUUACUCUACGCCGCGCAUCAUCCAAAAUGGGUGCACCAUGGUGUGUUAAAGAUGAGUAUCUUCCCAUCUACAACCUUUCACCGGAAUGGCCUCCACAUAUGUUAAAAUAUAGGGAAGAUUAUGUUGAUAUGCAAUAUUUGCAGCAGCAGCAACAACAACAACAACAACAACAGGCAACGGAUUCAAAUAACAGAUCGGGCUAUACAACGGCAGAUUCAGCAGAUCUGAAAAGAGAACUAGAUGCAGCAAGAACGGCAACUCCUGACCAUAAAAGGCUUAAGACUGAAGAUUCCGUAAUGGAAUAUUCUCCUUCCGUGGAUCACGGUAACUUGGAAAGUAACAACAAUGUUCAAAAUGAUCAUCAAACUAUAACCGAAAUCACAGAAGAUCUUAAAAUUCCAUUUUCAGCCCCAAGGCCUGCAUCAAUAAGCAAUAAGCUUUUUAGCUAUUCGAAAGAAUAUGUGGCUUUACCGGCUGCCUCGAACGAUAAAUCAUUCUCUGAUAGCGUCGGUAAACUUCUUCACUGUUAUCAGUUUUUAAUGGGGUUCCAUACCACUCUUCAGUUGUCAAAAUUCAGCUGGGACAACUUCGUUAAUUCAAUGAGAUUCACUGAUCGACGUAACCUUAUGGAUGAAUUCGUGGAUAUUUCUUUGGAAGACGGAACGAAAAAUAAGGUAGAAAGAUUCAAUGCAUGGAAUAGUCUCGUUUAUGAUUAUAUUGAUUCUCUCAACUCGGAUAAGAUGCGUAUUACUGUUGAACUUGAUGAAGAUAUAAAUGAGGAUUAUUUGGAUGAAAUAAAAAUUACUGGAGCUUCGUUGACCGUAGAGUGUUUUUGUUCUUUACUUAGAUUAUUUAUGGACACAGAUGGUAAUUGGACUACUUUAGUUACAUCUGAAUGGCUAGAAGGUGAAGAUCUGGAUGAGGAACUUGAAGAGGAUAAGGAGGAUGGGGUGGAUGAAGAUUCCAAUGGAAAUGAUAAAGAUGACGGUGUUAAUCCCAACGAAGAUGAUAGCGAAAGCGGCAAAAAUGAAAAUAAAAGUGCUAAUGAUGAUAAUGAUGAUGAUAAUGAUGAUGAAUCCAAGCUAGAGACUGCGCUAGAAAAAUGUUUGAACUACCGUAAAAUGGAAUGGACUGAUAGACUGGCUAAGCGUCAGUUCAGUAAUGGCCAUUGGUUGAUUAUACUCCUUGGGGUUCUCCAGGAUUGUAUGCAUUUACCAAUGUACACAACCACAAUCAAGAAUUUCAUGAAAAAGUUGAUUCCUUUCGAGAAUUCAACAUCGAAUAUCGCUCUUAAUAAGCAACUUUGGCGUCAGUUUUGUAAAAAUAUUUCUAUUAAAGAAAAGAUAGAUAUCAUGUGGAUUUUGGUGGAGGUUUUAAGCAACUAUUCCUCUAUAAUAAGAUCUGCUAUGGAUGAUUCUAUGGAACUCAGUAAUCAAAUCAGAAGUGAAAGAUUCAGAUUGAGUAGGGAUUUAAAAGCGUGUGCAAAUACUGUCUCAGAAUUAAAAGAAUCGAUCUACCUAAUGUCAGUUGAGAAUGGGGGUGUCAAUGGAAAUGAAAAGGAGGAGGAAAAGGAGGAGGAAGGAGAAAAGGAAAAAGAAAAGGAGAAGGAGAAGGAACUUGCCGAACGCCAAGAGAAGUUGAGAAAAGCUAACACUGAGCUCGAAAGGCUUCAAAAGCGGAAACAUUUCCUUGAUGUAAAGUUGAUUGAAUCAGAUAUUCAAAGACUAAAACCUCUCGGCUCUGAUAGAUAUGGAAACAAGAUUUACUGGCUAGAAUAUUCUGGUGUUCCAAGACCAGAUUCAUUUUCUACAGAGAAACACAUUUUGAGCAAUAGACUCUGGAUUCAGGGACCUGUAAAAGAAGUUGCUUUGCUGUACUUCAAUCUUUCAGAGGACCAAUACGAAAACUGGAUUUCUAUUUCACGAACCUCUGGAAAAGCUGAAGCUACCAAACAAAUAUUUAAUGUUUAUCGGGACGAUUCGGGGUCUUAUUACCACCAUGAUGAACAAGGCGAUGUUAUGUUGAUUAAUGAUGAGGGUGUGGUCAAUUCUUAUAUUGAAUUGUCACCCCUUCAAAGAAAAAUUAUUGAUGAGACUCCAGAGAAUUUGUUGCUUUCCCCAAAUGAUUGGGUUUUCCUACAAGAUACCAACGAACUUACAAAUUAUAUGGAGUGGCUUGAUAGCUGGGGAAAACGCGAACAUGAGACCUUAAAACAACUUGAAUAUGUCAUCGAGCCGUUAAAAGAGAAUCUUUUGGAUUAUCAAAAGCUUGUCAACCAAAAAUUAGAGCAAGAAAGAAAUAGCAUCGUGGCAGAAAUAAAUGCAAUUAAUAUAACAGAAGAAGAAUUCAGUGCAGGUAGUAGUGUGGCGAAUACUACGGGGACUCAUAUUGAUGACGAAUUGGAAGAUAUUGCCAAUCAAAUCAUGGCGCUUGAUGAUGCUUCUAAAACGCGAAAGGUGCUUCUACAAAUCCAAGAUCUUGAAGCCAAACGUGAUAAAUUAUUGGAAAAGAAGAAAACGGCGGUAGAAACUGCUGACUCAUCUGAAGGAUCAGGGUCUGGAUCAAAGAUUUCAGCAGUUGAAAGGAAGAAAAUACUUGCUUCUCGCGAGAAAAAAAUUGGAAAUUUGAAGGAUGCACUAGAUAAGCUCAUUAACUUGCAAAGGGAAUCAGAGAGAAUAUCCAUCACUGAAUGGUCCAACGAAAUGGCCAUUGAUGUAUGGAGCAAUGAACUAUUUAAAUGUAACGGUAAUGUUAAAAGCGCAAAAGAUCCUCCAGUCAUCACCGUUAGUGAAAAGAUUGCAAAGAUUCUAGAGCAAGCUUCUAUCAUCGAAGAUCAACCAUCCAUUUCAUCGACUGAGAGUGAGGAACAAACCCAAACUCAGGAUGAACAUAAGACUCAGGAUGUGACUCCGCAUGAUCAAUCAGACAAGUCUGAUGUUUCUCGAAAAAACACACAAGCUUGA